GGUAUGACAUGUGCUCCAUAUAUAGAGAGAGAGAUAUUGCUUACUUUCAACACCACAUUUUCUCAUGCACUUGCUUCUCCUUUAGCCCCACUCCCCACCACUUUUUUCCAACAAGAACAUACAAUAUAUGCAUCAUUGAAUUUGUGUAAGAUCUUGUUUAUUUGCAAAGAAAUGGAAAGAUAUGAAAUUGUGAAAGAUAUAGGGUCUGGAAAUUUUGGUGUAGCAAAGCUUGUUAGAGAUAAAUGGAGUGGUGAAUUGUAUGCAAUCAAGUACAUUGAGAGAGGGAAAAAGAUUGAUGAGCAUGUGCAAAGGGAGAUCAUGAACCACAGAUCCUUAAAGCAUCCAAAUAUCAUUAGAUUCAAAGAGGUGUUUCUCACACCAACUCACCUAGCCAUUGUGAUGGAAUAUGCUGCCGGAGGGGAACUUUUCGACCGGAUUUGUACCGCCGGCAGAUUCAGUGAAGAUGAGGCACGCUUCUUUUUUCAACAGCUCAUAUCCGGAGUUAGUUACUGUCAUUCCAUGCAAAUUUGCCAUAGAGAUCUAAAGCUGGAGAACACAUUGUUGGAUGAUAGCCCAUCUCCGCGCCUCAAAAUAUGCGAUUUCGGAUAUUCUAAGUCGUCCGUUUUCCAUUCUCAACCCAAAUCGACUGUCGGGACACCCGCGUACAUCGCGCCCGAGGUCCUAUCGAGAAAAGAGUACGAUGGCAAGAUUGCAGAUGUUUGGUCAUGUGGGGUUACACUCUAUGUAAUGUUAGUUGGUGCUUAUCCAUUUGAGGACUCCGAUGAUCCAAGAAAUUUCAAGAAAACAAUCAAUAGAAUAUUGAGUGUUCACUACUCGAUUCCUGACUAUGUGAGAGUCUCAAAAGAUUGCAAACAUCUACUAUCAAGAAUUUUUGUGGCCGACCCUAACAAGAGGAUAACCAUUUCGGAGAUGAAGAAGCAUCCAUGGUUUGUUAAGAACCUAGCCAUAGAAUUCAUGGAGGGCGAGGCAGCUAGCGUGCAACGCAAUAUUGGUGAAGACGAAGACGACUAUGCUUCUCAAACUAUGGAUGAAACGUUGGCUAUACUACAAGAAGCUAGGACAAUCUCGGCCCGACCCACAAAAAUAUUCGAUGAUCCUUUCGUGGGAGGGAGCUUGGAUCUUGAUGAAAUCGACACUGAUGAAGAUGUCGAUGACAUUGACACAAGUGGCGAUUUUGUUUGUGCAAUGUGACUUUCAAUUUUCAGUCAUCCAAAAAUUGUAGUAAUUGUGUAGCCUUCUUCAAAUUUGUAAAAGAAUUCCUGUGAAUAUAUCUGAUUAUGUACAGUGCAAUAUUGAAUGUGAUCAUAAGAAAUGAAAGAAGAAGAUAAGGGUUUUGAUUUCAACAAGCCAAA